UGCGUGUCAUGGGAACACUAAAACGUGCCGUGCCUUGCAGCUGGGUGGGGAGCUGUGUGCAGCUUUCCCUUGGCUCUGGACAAGAGCUCUACCCUGGGGCCUGAGCAGCAGCCAACUUCCCACCGGCCUUAGCAGCGCUUGUCCAGCUGUGCCAGCCAGGCGAGGAGUGGAGCAUGACCGGCUCCAUUCAGGCCCGUCCCCUCCCGUGGCAAGAGCUGGCCAUGCAGUGAGCCCUGCUAUUCUUACUGCCGCCGCCGCUCUCCUGCGCUGGACCCAGCAUGCCGGCGUGUCAGCCUGGCUCCCUCUCAAGCGGCGCACAGGAGGAUGCUGUCCAGGAAGGCGGAUGUCUUGCUGAGGGGAGCGGCUGGCAAACACUUGGGCCCAAGCAGGAAGAGAAAUUCUUUGCCUUGUGCUAUUGUUCGGUAGCCAAUAUUCUAUGUCUACUUCCUUAACUGGAGCCUCAGGGCUCCUCCUGGCCCACGCAGCUCCCUCUGCCGCCUGCCUCUCCCGAUGAACUCCCCUGCCCGGUCUCCUCGCCUACAGAUGGGCUGCGAUUGACCCCGGAGAUUCAAAGGCCAGAGGCGAGCUGCUAGGCAGCUCCUGGCGUCACCACGGAUCCCAGGCACCAUGCUGAAGUCAAACAAGACCUUAGUGCUAGUGAUCCUGCUGGUUCAGUCCAUUGUUUUCAUCUGCUUCCUCUCUCAGCUUCACAGCAGCUAUUCCCCCCAGGAAGAGAAGCCAGCUCGGGUGCACAUCCUCAUUCUCUCCUCCUGGCGCUCAGGGUCUUCCUUCACUGGCCAGCUCUUCAGCCAGCACCCGGAUGUCUUCUACCUGAUGGAGCCUGCCUGGCACGUGUGGAUGACCAUGUACCAGCACAGGGCCAAAACCUUACAGAUGGCAGCACGUGACCUCCUCAGGUCUGUCUUUCUGUGCGACAUGUCUGUGUUUGAUGCCUACAUGUCUGUGCAGAGGAAUAAAUCUGAUUUGUUUCAGUGGGAGGCCAGUCGGGCCCUGUGCUCCCCCCCUGCCUGUGACCUCUUCCAGCGCAACCACAUCAUUUCCAAAACCGCCUGCAAGACCCUAUGCAGCCAGUACCCAUUCAGCAAGGUGGAGGAGGCAUGCAGGACCUACAACCACAUAGUGCUCAAGGAGGUCCGGUUCUUCGAUCUGACCGUUCUCUAUCCCCUUCUCACUGAUCCUUCCCUGAACCUCAAAGUCAUUCACUUGGUGCGUGACCCCAGGGCCGUGUUCCACUCGCGUGAGAAAACGAUGUCUAGUCUGCUGCAGGACAGUAAAGUUGUGGUGGGACCCCAGCAGAACCAAGGGGAGAUGGGGCCCUACAAUGUGAUGCAGGAAAUCUGUAGAAGUCACGUCCAGAUUUACACUGCAGGCAGCCAAGCCUUACCCAGCUUUCUCAGAGGCCGCUACAUGCUGGUGCGCUAUGAAGACAUCGUCAAUGAUCCCCUGGCAAAGGCAGCACAGCUGUACAGGUUUGCAGAGCUCCACUUCGCGCCCAAACUUCAGAUGUGGGUGUACAACAUCACUCAUGGGAAAGGGCUGGGGACACACGACUUUGACAUCGACGCCAGAAAUGCAGUGAACGUUUCCAAGGCCUGGAGGAAGAACCUGCCCUUCAAGAAGAUAGCAAAGUUGCAAAAUGUGUGCAAGGAUGCCAUGGAGUUAUUGGGUUACCGACUAGUGAAGUCUGAGGAAGAACAGAAAGACAUGGCACUGAACCUGUUACUUGCCCAGGGAACUCUGCCCACUGACAAAGGGAGCUGAAUACAGAAAAUGUGCCUGUUUGUCAGCUGAAAGCUGCAGAGUUGAGAAGUGAAGUGUGUGCGCACGUGUGCAUAGAGCGACAAUAGCACCUGACACAGAGCACGGAAGGAGGCAUUCAAAUUCCUGCAAACUUUCUUCCCUGCCUCACUCUGCUGCCAAGUCUCCACACUAAAAAUCCACUGAUGCAAGGAACAAGUGACAUUAGGUUGGAGAAUCCAACGCCCAGCAGCUAAGCAAGCCCUGUUUUUUUGGAAAAAGGCCACAGUUUGGGUGGAACAGUAAAAGAAGAAAAACCAACCUAGCUGAGGGGGAACCGAACACCUAAGGAAUAGGACACGAAAAGUAAAGUCAGAACCCCCCCAGAAGGCCAAUUUUAAUUAAACACCAACCAAACUGCAAGUAGCACAUGUACUGUUGGAUAACAGGCGGCAAGGGAGUGUCUCCACCAAUAUAAAUUUCACAAAGGAGUAAAUGAUGCUGAAGAGGAAAGGGGACUGGUUAGAAUUGAGGUUUUGGGUAGCUCCUUUUCUGAGGGUGCUAAACUUUUUAGUCCGGUUUUCUUCUUCUCUACUUCUGUGCCUGAGUAUCCACCACUAGUCAGUAGUGUUGGAAAGUAGUGUGACUGUUUGCUAUACAACACCAGCCGGAACUCAAACAUCCAGUUAAAGGGAAAGCUGUUCUCUGGGUUUGAAUAGGCGGGUCCAUUUCUGGGACUAUGCAAACCUUGUUGUGCUAAUAAUAAUUCUCUGUCUUCUGACCUAGCCACAAAACGUGCUAACACAACGGGAAGGCUGAGAAUGCAAACAGAUGAGCCUGUUCAAAUGGUGGGCAGAGUACAGAGUGCUAAGCAUAGCGAAAACCUGGACUAGCUAAGGUUCCUGCUGCACCUUCACUUCUCCACAGUUGCAGCUGUUGUAGAAUUGGCAUAGCUUUUGCCGGAUUCAUUGUACGCAGCAGAGGCUGGCUAAAGCUUGGAAGCACUUCUAGCCAAAGGGCUGCUAGUGCUCAUGGCAGCGCAAGAUAGGAGGACAGAAGAGUGAUUUCCAGGUCAGCGCUGCGCUCAAGUUGCAUUUAACAGGAUCACCUUUUUCCAAGAGCCAAGAAAUGGGAAUGCUAGAGGCAACCUUCACAACUGAAUUCUGUAACGUGCGGAUUUAAACCCUCCCACUGCGGCGCAGCAGAAGUAUUUGAUAGUUAGUGUGUUCACGCGGGGAUGGGCGGGGUCUGUAAAUCCCAAAGUGUAUCAUUUCCCCUAAGGAUCUAUGAGCCAUCCCGAACUUGAAGUCUUUAACUCAAGCUUAGUGGAUUUUUAGACGAGAUGCUGUAGCUCAAUCAGAAAUUAUGGGCUUGUUGCAGAUCUCAAUAAAAUUCUCUGUCCUCUGUUAUGCAGGGGGGCAGCUCAGAUGGCCACAAUGCUCUGUGCAAAUAUUAAGAAUCCAGAAACAGGCUUAAAACUCAGGUAACCCCCAAGUAUCUGACCUCUGUACACUCUGUACACUGUUGAAUGACACGUAAGCAGGGACCGGCCCUACUAUUGUGAGGAAUUUGCAGCCUCGUAACUAGCCUGAGGCAAGACCGUCCUCGGCGUGGGCGGGGGUGCUGACGUGGCGUGAGCGAAGACGGCGUAGUAGCUGACUUUUCUGCACCCUCUCAGCUACGUGCCCGAGGCAAAUGCCUCCCUCGCCUCGCCCUUGUUACGGCCCUGGGAAUUUGCCAGGUUUCUAUGCUGUCCCCAGUGAAACUGGAAGUGACAGGGUCUGAGUCUCCCC